GAUGUGUUGGCCUGGAUGGUAGUCCAUCUACGCGAAAUGCUAACGUGUAGUCAUGUAGCCUAGUUUAUUAUUAUGAUUUUUUUUAUAAUUGGUAUUGUAGCAAAUAGGGCGUAGAUCCGUGAUGUGAACUCAUCCCAGCACAUUCCGCCGUAUCCUUACCAGAGAGGAAGGUCAAGUCUGCCUUUCGCCAGGAACCGGAGAUGGACGAAAAAACUGCAGAAAUGCGGGAUGCAAGGAGAUCUAGUGAGACCGCUACGAGUUUGUCACUACAGCUGGACUUGGAAAACGAUCCAGCCAAGAGGGCUUCUGUAUCAGAGAUGCCGUCCCCUUUUGGAGCGACGCACGAGAAGAAGAUUGGCCACAGGAGAGUGGAUGCCUCUGGGGAGACAACGUACAAGAAGACCACGUCGUCGGCCCUGAAGGGGGCCAUCCAGCUGGGCAUCGGCUACACCGUGGGCAACCUGAGCUCCAAGCCCGAGAGGGACGUGCUGAUGCAGGACUUCUAUGUGGUCGAGAGCAUUUUCUUCCCCAGUGAGGGCAGCAACCUGACCCCAGCACAUCACUACCCGGACUUCAGGUUCAAAACCUACGCCCCCGUGGCCUUCCGCUACUUCAGAGAGCUCUUUGGGAUCCGACCCGAUGACUACCUGUAUUCUCUGUGCAACGAGCCGCUGAUUGAGCUGUCCAAUCCGGGCGCUAGCGGAUCCAUAUUCUACGUAACCCGCGACGACGAGUUCAUCAUCAAAACCGUGCAACACAAAGAGGCUGAGUUCCUGCAGAAACUACUUCCUGGAUACUACAUGAACCUGAACCAGAACCCGCGGACCCUGCUGCCCAAGUUCUUCGGCCUGUACUGCGUCCAGUCGGGGGGCAAGAACAUCCGCAUCACGGUGAUGAACAACGUGCUGCCGCGCGCCGUGCACAUGCACCUCAAGUUCGACCUGAAGGGCUCCACCUACAAGCGGCGCGCCUCCAAGAAGGAGCGGGAGAAGUCCAAGCCCACCUUCAAGGACCUGGACUUCCUGUCGGACGUGCCCGACGGCCUCACCCUGGACCAGGAGACCUUCGGGGCCCUGGUGAAGACGCUGCAGAGGGACUGUCUGGUCCUGGAGAGCUUCAAGAUCAUGGACUACAGUCUGCUGCUGGGGGUCCACAACAAGACCCUGGCCGAGAAGGAGCGGCAGUCCCAGGGCUCCCCAGCAGGGGGCGACGAGAUGCGGCCGGCGGCCCAGAGAGCGCUGUACUCCACCGCCAUGGAGUCCAUCCAGGGGGGGUCCAGCUGUAGGGACACCCUGGACCACGCUGACACAAUGGGGGGCAUCCCAGCCGUUGGGUGUAAGGGCGAGCGCCUCCUGCUGUUCAUCGGCAUCAUUGACAUCCUGCAGUCCUACAGGAUGAUUAAGAAACUGGAACACUCAUGGAAGUCCCUUAUUCAUGACGGGGACACAGUGUCGGUCCACAGACCCGGGUUCUAUGCCGAGAGGUUCUACAGGUUCUGCAGCGCCACCGUGUUCAGGAAAGGCUGCUCGCUGCGGCCCUCUCCGUCUAAGAGGGGCCGCGGGCCCCUGGGGCGGAGUCUGGGACAGAGGCCCUCAGUGUGCGAGGACAACCAGGAGCACCAGGAGAACCUGGAGAACCUGAGGGGCUCCAACUUCCCCCUGCUGGGAGUCGAUGGCAGGGCCCCACACUUCAAGCCUCCGUCCUUCGAGGACGCCACCACGGCCUCCAUCGCCACCACCCUCUCCUCCAACAACUCUCUGCCCACCACCCCCUUUGACACCCCGGAGCACCCCCGCAGCCGCCGACUGAUGCCCUCCCCCGGCGUAGCCCGGUGUCAACAGGGAGUGGUCGAGGUGCACACGGAAAAGCAGCAGACCAUCACUGUGGAGGUUGAGCUCAGCAACGUCCCAAACAGCACGGAGCUCACACAGAUGACAGAGAGGACCUCGCCCGACCCCCCCGCUCCCCCCAAACCAGAGGCCAUCCCCCCCUCUCCCCCCCACCCAGAGGCCCUCCCCCCCCUCUCCCCCCAAACCAGAGGCGCCCCCUUCUCCUCCCCCCCGCUGCUUCACGCCCCUCCCCCAGCUCCUUCUCCCCCCGCCCCUCCUGCUCCUUCCACUCCCCCGCCGACCGCGCUCCGCCCUGCGGCCGCCCCGGGCUCCGCCCCCCCCCCGGCCUCCGCCUUCACCCCCAUCCGCCCCGCCGCCGACCUGGCCGGGCCCCGCGCCUCCACCCUCGCCUCCUCCUCCUUCUCCUCCGCCACGCCCCCCCCCUCCCUGCCGGCGAGCCCCCAGGUGCCCCAGCAGGCGCGGCACGCGCCGUCCAAUCAGCUCUCGGUGUCCAGCAGCCACAACUCGUUGGAGGGGGAGGUGCCGGUCUCCGACAUCUACUUUUAUGCAGACGGCCGCUACUGGGUGUACUCUCCAGUUCUUGGCCGCCGUAAGCUAAACUCUAGCUCGAGUUACAAUCAAAGUCAGGAGGACAGGAGCUGGGUGUAUUCUCCCCUUCACUCCGGCUCAGAGUCCAGAAGGGACUCUGGCGGGGAGAGUGAUAAACAGUAGCAGUUGGGUUCAUGUCUUUAUUGGAAAUGAAAAUCUUGGGGCUCAAGACAAGACACUCCUAAACUCAGUUUGGGAUGGACUUUUUUUAACGCUGGUAUCCCAAAUCACACGUGAAUUCCUAUAUGUGCAAUGCAAGUAUGCAGUGACAUGUUUACAAACAUAUAAAAACACCUGUGCGCAGGUUUGCUGCAUUAUAUCGCAAAAAAAAUACUCAAUAAUAAUAUUUUGUCAUAUCAAACUAUUUACAGCGUAACAUGACUUGAAUGAAAACAAAUCAGAAGAAAAUAGAAACCGAGAGCCGAGAGAGAGCGAUGGAUACUGAACACCUGCGCCCUUGCUGGUUCUUACUUACUUAUGGCUGCUCAUAUCAAAAAGCCAUGUUCUGUGGGAGGGGCUAACCCUCAAUUUUCUCAUCUAUUGGUUUGUGAAGCUUUCAAUCAAACCGCAGCCUGUAGGUGAGUCAGGGAUUCGUUGUGUGUGUGCGCCGCAUGGUUUUGUCUCCGUACGCUCCGUGUAAAUCAUGUGCGCUCAUUAGGCUCUGUGACUCUGGCUAUGCAAUACGGACAACAGCGCUGGGGAAACGGUCGCUUGAAAGCCGUGCCUCAGCACUUUUCUACGACUUCAUGCGUUCAUUUGAUCUAUUGUUGUUCAUUGUACAGCGUGGAUUGAUCCUUUUUCAUGAAGCCUAAAAUGUGUUGUCUUUUUUUUUAAGCAUGCAAAUGCUGCACAUGGAGUUGACGGUUGAAACGUGUUUUAUAUGCUACCAUCUGUUGUCGACGGUGAAUAGUGUGUUGAUUGUUCAUUUAGUACUUGCUGUGUUUAAUUCGUGUUCCUUUACAGUACAGCUGGUUUCUUUUUUUAUUUUCGAUAGUGUCUUGUGUCCAGAUGGAAAACUUUGUGGUCUGACUUUGACUAGUGUUCAUAAUGCCUUAAUCGUCAAAUUAUUUUCUACAAAAAAAAAUGGUCUCCUGUCAGAUGACUGCAUUUAGAUCAAAUUCUAUUCAUUAGUAAUAAUCUCUCUCGCACACACACACACACACACACACACACACACACACACACACACACACACACACACACACACACACACACACACACACACACACCCUAUUUAUAUGCAUAUAUAUAUAUAUAUAUGCAUAUCUUUCUCAAUCAUAUGCAAAAAGGUAAAGGCAGAGUGAGUGAAAAAUAGCAAUUAAGGAGCAACUAUUAGUAAUUUAUGUAUAAUAUGUUGGUUAAUGAGGACGAAGGUUACCUAUACAAUUAUUUUUUGUAACGUGUACACCUGUGUGUAUUUACAUACAUGCAUGUGUUUCUGUGCGUGUGUUUGCGUGCAUGUGAGCAUUCGCAUGUGUGUGAAUGUGUGGUUGACAUCCAUGUUUAUUCUGUUCCUGUUUUUGUUUUCAUGCGUGUCAGCUCUGAUUAGACUACUCGUUGGGACUGACCAUGGGAUACUGGUAUUGGCCGCAUGCAUGAGGGCUGCAUAAGACAUAGCAAUGUGAGGUUUGCAUUCAUCAGUAUGUUCUUCAAACUGAGGCAAUCAUCCAUAAUCUACAAAGUGUAUUGUAUACAAAAAUAAACCAUGAAAAGUCUACUGUGGCCACAUGUGUAAUGUUAACCCCCAUUUGACUUCCACUGUUGGAUGAUCAUUGCUGUAAUUAAUCUAUAUGUGUUGGGCAGUGUUUAUAGCUGAUCACUGUGGAAAAGAAAAUGAUUAUUAAAAAGUAUAUUCUCAUCAGCUCAGUGUGACUGAUAUAUUAUAUUUUUAACCAGCAACAGAUACUUAUAUUAUUGAUUGUUAUUAAUGAAAUCCAUACUUUCUGUUUGCAUGGUAGAGUAGAAAUAAACAUGGAAGUAUUGGGUGAUAACAUGGAAUCUCGCAUAUCUACCUAAAUGGUUAGGAAUGGAUGCAUUUAUCUUUCGGCCAAACUUGGCUUUCAAAUGAAAAUUAACACAGAAUGAUGUAUUUGUCCGACGAGGCCACUAGAUGGCGUUGUGACAUAAUGCUUCUGUUUCCUACCGCAAUUUGAUUAAAACGUUAACUUGU